CACCACCCACAAUUCCGCUUUUGUUACCAUCGUUCUGCAGUAUUGGUUACUUGUUGGUCAAGAAGGCAGUUCUGUUGCCCUUGAUCAAAUAAAACUGAUCAGGUUUUAUAGUUUAUGUUCGGGGUGGGGGAAAAACCUUUUCCUUAUGUGUUUUUCUGCUGCAUCAUAGAUGAACCGUCCCUAAGAAGGAAAACAAAAUCAUGUCAGCAUUUUCAGAAACGGCUCUAGAGAAGAAACUAUUGGAGCUUAGUAGUUCACAACAGAGCGUUCAAACGUUAUCGCUCUGGUUAAUUCACCACAGGAAACACUCGAAAACCAUCGUCACAGUGUGGAACAGGGAGCUGAAAAAAGCCAAGGCUGGUAGAAAACUGACGUUUCUUUAUCUGGCCAAUGAUGUCAUCCAAAACAGCAAACGAAAAGGACCAGAGUUUACAAAAGAUUUUGCACCAGUUAUAGUGGAUGCCUUUAAACAUGUUGCAAGUGAAAGCGAUGAAAGCUGUAAGAAGCACCUAAUACGUGUUUUAUCAAUCUGGCAUGAAAGAGCUGUUUACGAAAAUGAUUUACUUGACCAACUUAAGCAAGUUCUGCAAGGAGAUAAAAAGCCAAAGAAACGGCCAUAUGAGGAAGUAAAGAUUGACUUGGAUGUAUAUCCAUGCCAGAGCUCUCCUGGUGAUCCUCCUCAGACCAUGGAACUCAUUAAAGCAUUACAGGAAUUAGAGAAUGCUGCUUCAGGCGAUGCUGCUGUUCGACACAGGAUUUCUGCUUUGCCAUUGGAGGUUCAGGAUGUUUCCUUAUUAGGCAGAAUCGCAGAUAAAGAUUCUGGUGACAGGUUAUCCAGAAUGGUAGAUGAUGCUUGUAUGCUUCUUGCAGACUACAGUGGUCGACUGGCUGCUGAGAUAGACGAUCGGAAACAGUUGACACGUAUGCUUACUGAUUUUCUGCGGGCUCAAAAAGAAAUUUUAACAGAAAAAGAACAGAAACUAGAAGAUUAUAAACAAAAACUGGCCAAAGUGUCCCAAGUCAGAAAAGAACUCCGAUCCCGAAUAAGCAGCUUGCCAGACCUCUCCUUACUUCCGAAUGUGACCGGUGAUCCUCUCCAGCUUCCUUCUUCAGGUGACCUGUACAGCGCCGAUUAACGCCAUCCUCACCUGGCAGAUAAUUGUGGUGUUAUUUUUUUAUCCUCAUAGAGUGAAAACGAUAUUUAAAAGAAAACAAAAAAUAUAGAGCAAUUGUAUAAUGUGUCUUCUGUAAAUCUCGACUUCAUUUGGUGUAACUACAAGAGUUUUUCCUAUUUAAACAAAAAAACAUAACAUUCCUCCCUCGGGAUUGUGGUAUUAUGUUAUUUAUCUUCUUGUUUAAUUUAUGAUGAGCCAAUCAAGUCAGUCAAAUGCUAUAUUUAAUAUUUUUGUGGAACAGCAUCCCAAGGAUAAUUGUGCCAUUUCUUUGUUAGGUCUUUCUGAAUCCGUUCUGACAUGUCAAUUGCUACCGUUAAAUUGUGUUUUAUUUCAAACCCCCGUGUUGUUAGUUUAUGUGCCUUUUUUGUGUUGGAUUCCCAGUGCAACUUUUAUUGUUUACAUGUUUUAUUUUCCUUGCUGCUCCAUCCAUGCUUUACCCCACAUAUUCCCACUAACAGGGGAAAUCUGCCAGAUAUGAAAGGCAGCGAAAUCAAGAAGCACGACACCACUUGUUUAGGCCGUUGCCUAAUUUAAACGGAUUCAUUUUAUCUUUCAGUAAAGUCUCAACCAGAGUCGGUUGCGGUCAAGAUGACUUCCUCCAUUUAGCGGGUGUGUGCAGACUGUAUUGUUGUGCGGCAUAAGAGCAAAAGAAAUCUCCACAAGGGUAUUACUACAAACAUCACGUCUGCCCCCAUCAUAGUGGCCCGGCACGGCGUGAGACACGUCUUAGACCGUCACAGUAGUGAGCCCAACGCAUGCAGUUGGCCCAGAACUCCGAGAAAAUAGACAUUGACCAGCAUGAGAAACAGAUUGGUGGUCAGCUUUACCUCAUUGGACGUUUGACGAUUGAGUCGUUUCGUUUGCUAGACGCUCUUUGAUCAACACGUCCAUAGGAAAUGUUCAGCAGUUCUAUUAGCUUUGCGUUCAAGUGAAUGUUCUCCAUAGUUGUUGAAUCGAUGUUGGCACAUUAAUGGUACAUCACACAGCCAAAAGUGAAAGAGUGUCACCUUCGGCAUGCUCCUCAAAGUGCCAGUCGAAAAGAUCUGCAAAUCUGUUCGAUGUCCAGACGCUUUGGUUAGGAGCAGAGCAAAUGCAUCUAGCUGUUUGUGGCGCUCAUCCAGACAAGGAGGUGAAAAUGUGGCUGCUCUCUCGUGAAGCCGCACGUGAAAGCAGGUAGUCGUGAAUGGGAGUAGUGCUCAUGGGCUGUUCAAUAAAAAAAAGAUCAGAAAUCACUCAGUAUUUGAGUUUGCUGCUAAUCAUACAACUAAAUGCUAACAUUUUAUAAGGCGUUCUGAGCUUAGAGUUUUAUAAUGUUAACUUUUGUUGAUGCUGUACUGUUGUGUUAGCUUGGACCUUAUUACUGACUGAAAAAGAAAUGUAAAUAUGGUAUGUAAUUUCAUUUGUAGAAAUAAAAAAAGGAUAA